GGCCAAAGGCUUCACACCGAAGGUUGCAGAUGAGACGCCCAAAAAGCCUGCAGUGGCUCCACUUGGGCAGGUCAAAUUGAAGAAAGGAAAGAAGCGCCUGAGGCCUGGACAAAGCAAGCGAGAAGGUGGUGCUGCAAAGCCGGCUCCCAAAGAAGAGGAGGCCAGCAAGAAGAAGCGGGUCCGUUUGCGGAAUAGGAGUGUAAAGACAGAGGACAAGGCCUCAGAGCCUCAGCCUCCAAAGUGCAAGAAGGGCCACAGCAUGGGGCACCGCUCGGACAAUCCGAGCACCUACAAGAACCAGGCCUGCUGUGACGCUUGUGGCAAAGAGAAUUUGCCGAAACUUUGUUCGAAAGG